UAAGCUAUUACAAAUUAUGUUAAGCAGAUUAUUUUACCCUACAGAGCAAGCUUGAGCAUACAUAACUUUCUAUUUAGCCUUUCAUGUGUUUGUAUUUUGCCGAAUAUAAGUUAUAAGGCUAUUAUCAUUUCUAAAUCUAAUAUCUUGCAUUUCCAACAUAAUCAUCAAACUAACUUGAUUUUUAAAAGUUCUUUUAAAAACAGCAAGACAACCUCAUAUAGCAUUUCGUACUUGGGUUAUAUCAUCUCUUAUUCCAUUUGCUUUUUUAACUUGAUUCCUUAUCAUGGUAUUUGUUUACUGGGGUGGCUUUGAGUUUUGAUAUACAGUGAAUUUCUCUCAAGCAAACGCAUAUCAAAUUACUUAUCUCUUCUUCCUUUUACGUAUUCUUCCUUUUUCAUCAGAUCAUGUUGUAUUAAAUGUGUUUUCUUUUUAUUAGCUUUUCGUUACAUUUUAGACCCUGCAGUAUGGCACGCAAGAUAAACACAAUAGAAGAGAUCAACGACUCAAAGGAGACAUGGAAGAUUGCGGUUAGAGUGAUUUCACUCUGUCGUGUUGAUUCCUUAAAGUUCAUGGAAAUGGUUUUGAUGGAUGCCAAGGGCCAUAAGAUACAAGCAGUUGCGAGGAAUGCCGAGAUGGUUGUUUGGAAGCCAACACUUAAAGAAGGAGAAACGUAUGUGAUGCAGAAUUUUUGUGUCCUACGCAACGAUGGGGAAUACAAGACUUGUGACCAUCCAUUCAAGCUUCAACUCACAGGUGGUACAACGCUAAAAGUACAAAAUCUCUCCGAUAUUUCCACGGAUCACUAUCAGUUUAGAAGCUUUGGUGAUAUAUUAAGUGGCAAACUGGACACUCAUGUUUUGGUUGAUGUCAUUGGAUCUCUGCAUGACGUUCUUAAUGCCCAGGCUAAUGCUUCGCUGAAAAAAAUAUCAUUUUUAAUGAAAGAUCUCAGUGGUGAUAUGAUAACAUGCACAUUGUGGGGCGACUAUGCUACCAAACUGUUGAAUUUCCGUGAAAAUCAUCCAUCGGAGCUGACUGUUAUCAUCUUGACUCAUGCAAAAAUCAAGGAACCGGAAGGCAUGCAUCCUAUCACCAUUCAAAAUAGCAUGUACAGCUCCAAACUGCUCAUAAAUGAAGACAUUGCAGAAAUUCAGCAAUUCAAAGAUAGCUUCAAAUCAAAUCAAGUGAACAAGCCACAAGGUCAAACUCAAAGCCAAACCUCAGGCUCCAGUUUUUCUGAGCAAGAGAAGCUUACAUAUAGAGCUGUUCUUAUGAGUAUUGAUGAUAUUAAUUGCCUUAAAGAGGAAACAACUUGUGUCACUGUUGGCACCAUUGCAAGGUUUGUGGUUGGAAAAAGUGGGUGGAGCUAUCAAAGUUGUUCUUCAUGCACUAGAAAGGCUAAAGCACCCAAUGGCGCGUUCACAUGCAGAUGUGGCAAAUACAACCACGAGCCUGUUAUAAGGUAUAGGCUGGAAGUCAUGUUGUACAAUAAAAAAGAUUGCGUCAAGAUUGUACUGUGGGAUCAAGAAUGCAUUCAGCUUCUUGGGAAGACCGCUAAUGAGCUCAGAAACCAAAUGAUUGAAGAAGGUGAGGACGAUCCACUGUCUUAUCCAGAAACACUUGAUGACUUGCUUGGAAGAACUUUGGCAUUUAGGAUCAAAAUGCAGCCAGCCUAUAGUGCUGCAUCCGUACAAAAAGUUUCCGAGGAUGAGGCCGUUGUGCAAUCUAUAUUGGGGAAAAUUGACAUGGAUGAGCAAUCUUUGUCUGCAACAGCAGAUCAUGAUCCUGAAAGCUCAUCGGCUUCUGUUACACCUUGCAAAAGAUCAUCACAUAUGCAAAGUGAUGAUUCUCAAUCCCCAGAUGAAGCCACACAACUAUCAGCAACUAAGAUUCAGAAGCGUAUUAAAAAGGAGUGAAAUAGUUACAUUUCUUUGUCAUUCCUUGCAGACAAUAUUCAUCUCUUCAUGCCUUAUUAUUUAUUACAUUAUUAAGAAACAAAAGUGACCUUUUUAUCUGCUUCGUUUUAGACAAUAUACAAUUUCAUUGUCCUUAUUAUUGCUUACAUUCAUUCAAGUAUUCAAUAUGUUUGAUUAUUUUAGUUAGCUUUCUUCAAUCUUUAUUUUUUAUUUUAUUUUUUUUACUUAUUUCAG